AUGGACAAAAAGACGUACAACGGUCUCGAGUUUCGCAAAUCAAUAAUCGGUAAAGAAAACUAUGAAUUGGUUACCGAAGAACCGCUCGGAUCGGGAAGUUUUGGUAACGUAUAUAAAGUAAAAACCACGACUUGUGGGACAGUGAGCGCCAUGAAGACAAUGGACAUGAGAGAGCGACACAAUUCAUUUCACAGCUUUAAGAACGAGGUCAACGCUCUCAACAAUUGUCAACACAAAAACAUAAUCAAAUUGGUUGACCACUUCUUCGUACCGAAUAUUAUGUGCUUUUUGUUGAUAGAGUUGGCAGAAGGAGGGGAUCUCAGGAAACGGCUCAAGAAUAAACAUAAACUAAAUAAAAAGGGUUUGGCGUUCAAUGAGAUGGAGGCUAAGAACUAUUUCGUUCAAAUGGCAAAUGCCAUGAAUUAUGUGCACAAGAAUUGCUUAAUUCACGGAGACUUGAAAUUGGAUAACGUUCUCAUUACCGGCAAUGGAGACCACGAGGUAAUCAAAGUGACUGACUUUGGGUGCGCUAAUGUGGGCUACACUGAGGGCGAGGGGUAUAUCAUGAGAGAGGUUGCCAUCGGCACAAUACCCUAUAUGUCACCCGAACAGAUCCGAGUCUAUAUCUGUGUUAAUCUCAAGAGUCCCGACGCUUUUCGUCCAAAACCUCCGUCUCUAAGAUAUAAUCCCAUGAAAUCCGAUGUCUGGGCGUUAGGCAUAUGUCUCUAUAGACUCUUCUUUUAUGAAAUACCUUUUGAUUUUUACUCAAAGACAGACACAGAUGUCUCUGCGAUGAAAGAUAUGCACAAAGACAUGAAGAAUGGCAUCGAUCCGGACCCACAAUUGGUCAAAUUGCAAGUGAUGGGCAAAACACCUGAACCCGAGGGCAUCAGUGAUGCCAAAUCACUGGCAUCGUUGGCAUCAUUGGCUUCAUUGGCAACAUUGGAGUUGCAAAUAGUAGUGGUUUUUCACCAGUAUGGGCAGAGCGCAGGACUGUUUGCCUUUAACUUCAAAAUACUUUAUUAUCAAAUCAGAGUCUCAUUAAAGCUCUUGAAUUGCAAACAAACCCAUAAAAUAGAGGUCAGUAUCACCGACAAGAAGACUCACUUAUUGCACAACACCUGCCCGUCAGCCGCCCCGACGAACACUACCGCUGCCAGCGAUGGUCACUCCAGUGGCGGAUCCGCUCAACACUCGUCCAACGACAGCGUCAUCGGCGGCAACGAGUCGUCGAUUGUGUUUCCGCAGUGUAUUGUCAACGGAUGUGCUGUCAGUAAGACGUUUCAGAUCCUCUAUAAGAACGAAGAGAUAUCACUCGACGAUUACGUCUCCUUCAAAGUGAACCUCAUUGUGGACUCCAAGGAUUGCGUCAAACAGGUCCGCAAAACCAACUUUGUCCUCGACAUCGAACUCUGGUUCACGGACCAGGAGUUCGGCGCCGAUCACCACAACUCCAUUGAAUGCGUUUCGUCGCGACAACUCAUCCUCCACUUCGACAUCUGUCGCGGUCUUCACUAUUACCUGCCGGUGAUGUUUGACUACUUUCAUCUGUCGGCACUCACUCUAUCCAUUCACGGCUCGCUCAUCACUUUGUGUCAGCCGUAUAUCACCAACAGAUCCUCCAAAUCGGACAAGAAGUUUGGGAAUUCAGUUCACGCGACGCCAAUCAAUAGCUGUAACUUCGGUUAUGAGGCGAUUGUGUCGACCGCCGGUUCGGCCAAUACUAAGACCAACGACGAGGUGAAAGAGAUCCGCUAUCGACGCGCGCAACUCAUUCACUGGCGACUGACGGCAAUCCUAUUGUCGUCAAUACAGAGCUUAAAG